AUGGUCGCCCAAGUUCUCAGGGUCGGGCUCUGGAUGUCUAAAGUGGAAUCGCCGCCCGCUGAACGGCCGUCGGACACCAGCCAUGGGUUGGAGCAUGUGGAUAAGUGUGGUAAAGUCAGUAUUGUGUUCAGACUCUUGGAAAUCAGUGUGAAGAAAGCAGGAUAUACAGGCUCAAUCUUUGUGGAAGGUGAUGUGAGUCAUGGGCUGUGGGUCUUUGGCAGGCAUGAAACCUGGGUUCUCAUUCAGCAAGCUCACUCACUCCAGUGGUGA